AUGAGUGAUGAUAUUAUUGCAAGAUUACCUUCGAUUACAAUUGAAGUCAAUCGUAUUAUUCUAAGUAUUCAACUUAUUGUUGGUACAUUUGGAAAUCUAAUGAAUAUAUUAAUAUUUACUCGUCGUACUCUUCGUAACAAUCCAUGUUCACUUUAUUUUUUAGCUUCAUCAAUUGGUAAUAUUUUUUUUCUAUAUAGUAGUUUACUUUCACGCCUACUUUCAAGUGGAUGGCAAAUAGAUUUCUCCAAUACAAGUGUUAUUCUUUGUAAAUUACGUAUAUAUUUUGUGUAUAUUUUUCUUAGUCUUGAUCAAUGGUCAAUUGUUCUUGCAAGUUUUGAUCGAUAUCUUAUAAGUUCUCGUAACAUUCGUUUACGUCAAUUGAGUAAUGUAUCUACAGCUCGAAAGAUUAUUUUAAUAACUAUUUCAUUAAUAUUUUUAAUACAUUUUCAUACAUUAAUUUGGUAUACAUCCUAUUAUAAAGGUACAGUAUUAACUUGUGCGAGUGUUGGACAGAUAUAUCCAAUAAUAUUUUCAAUAUUCUUUCUUAUUUUUACAUGUUUAUUACCACCGAUUUUCAUGGGUAUAUUUGGUUUAUUAACUAUUUUAAAUAUUCGAAAAGUUCGUAUUCAAGUUGUACCUCAAAACAAUAAUGUAAGAAAUGAACGUUUACGUACACAAGAUCGUGAAUUGAUGAAAAUGCUUUUAAUUCAAGUCAUUGUUAGUAUUAUAUGCACAGCUCCAUUUGCAUUUGAUACUCUUUUUAAUGCAAUUGUAGCAAAUUUUUCUCGAUCAUCAUCUUUUAUGGUUAUUAAUACAUUUGCUGACACAUUAGCUCGUGUUUUUAUAUAUUUUAAUCCAGUUGUUGGAUUUUUUAUUUAUACAUUAGCUGGACCUAUUUUUCGUAUUGAAACAAAACGUAUAUUUUUACGAGUUAUAAAAUUUAUUUUGACAUCGCUUGCUUUAGAAAGAUAUAUGCCAAGGAUUCCACAACAGCGCGAUCAAACUGCGACAAAUCAAUAUCGUAUGUCAAUGGCUGUAGGAAGAAAUCCUAAUACUCUAUUCAUUAAGAAAAGACAAACUGAAGGAAUUUCUCAAGCAUAA